AACGUGGAAGUAAUGCCCAAUCGGUGAGUGUGUUGUCCACCGGAGGGCGUAAUCUAUGAGGACUUGACUUUCGUUUUGAAUAUAUUUUCAAAUGAAAUGUGUUUUUUGCCGAUCGCUUGACAUUCACUUCUUUGAUAUUCUUCGACGUCUUUGAAGAGCGGAAUCAAUGGAUAAAUCCAAUCAUUCGUCGCUUUAUUACAAUUCACUUCUGUUGGAAUCGCCGUCCAUUAGAGACAGCACUUCACGACACGCCAACAGAUUUAUACAAAAUUCCUUUGCCGAGAUGUCUUCAAUGCAUUUGUUAUCAUCAAAUUUAAUCAAUCAAAGUGUCUUUUUGGCAAAUGAAACGAUGGAACCAAAUAGUCGUCUUGACUUUGAUAUUAAAGAAGAUGAAACACAAGAGGACGAGACAAUCACUGCCAGAUCUUCUUUGACUGUUUGCCAACAGUUCUUUGAGACGAAUCAGAAGUAUUCAAUAGAUGUCGACAAUAUCUUUGAAAUGUUGACUGAAUUUGAACUUUUGUGUUGCGAUCAUUUGGUGGUCACCGCCAAUAUGUUAAAAUCGAAAGUAAGACAUUUGGCCGAAUCACAAGACAUGAACAAACUGGAGAAUGUGUUUCGACUCGAGAGAAACAGUUGGAGACUAAUUCGGGCCAUUUUUGAGGACAGACUCAGAAGUGAAGACAAUUCUCAGGAUGAUAUGAUGGUCGACGAUAUCGUAACUAAAAUGAGUGACAAAACAUUGAUUGAACGCACGUUUGAGACAAACAAUCAAUUAAGACAAAUGCAAUUAGUUAUUGAUUGGUUAGAGAAGAACCAAUUGGAUGAUAACGAGGAUGUGGCCAAUGAUCGCAUUCAGUUCUAUUCCGAGGGUCCAUAUUCUUGGGAAAAUACUUUACACUCAUUGAAAACAAGAGAUGAAAACUAUGAAAGCGGACGACAAUUAUGUCAACGAAUGGAUCCGGACGGUCCUAUCAGAACUCGUCAAUCACUUCACGAUCUCGAUGUUGAAGACGAGAACCGAUUGUAUCGCUAUAUUUUCCAAUUGCUUCGCGCCGGACAACUGUUUGACGCAAAAGAAGUGACACAAAGACUCGGAUAUCAUUGGUUGUCUGCAGCUCUCGAUGGAUGGCUUCUAUAUCAUGAUCCCAAUUACAUCAACGACAAAGAGACGCGCAAAGUUUUAGAGCCAAUUGAAGGUAACGCUAAUCGCGAUCUUUGGAAGUAUGUCUGUUGGAGAGCUUCCAAGGCUGAGGGAACCAACAUUUACGAGAGAGCUAUAUAUGCCGCUCUGACCGGGAAUUUGGCCAUUUUAUUGCCACUCUGUCCCAAAUGGAAUGAUAAACUUUGGGCUUAUUUUAAGAGCUCACUUGACGUUCAUAUUGAGAGUGAACUGAAAAACACUCUCAGUGUUAGACCGGAAGCCAAACCUCGUUUUACUAUUGAUUUACCCGAUCUUUAUUGGGACAAUCAAUUGAAUUCAAAUCAGAUUUUCAGAGAAAUGGAAACUCACGGAAGUCUUUCAUCUCUUGUUGAGGAAACUUAUCACCAAAAUAUCCAAAAGUUUAUAAUACUUUGCGAUAUUGACGGUCUUAUUGAUUAUAUGUAUGAAUGUUCCAAAUUUGUCGCUGAUAUGCGACCAACAAAAGUCGAAACUAGAAGUGGCCGCAAAUCAGAGAAAAAAGAGUUGAUAGUUAAUCCACAAUUGCUCCGAUUUUUUGCUCAUUUAGUAUUGACUUUAAGAUAUUUGAAUGUAAAGACAAAUCGUGAGAUGUUAGCCGUUGCUAUAAUCGAGUAUUAUAUAAAUUAUUUAAUAGACAACAAUCAGAUCCAAUUGGUUACUUAUUAUACAUCAAAACUACCGAAAAACAAUCAGAUAACGACUUUUGCACGACUCUUGGAGGGCGUUGAAGACGAAGAUGACCGUAAACUAUGCAUUGCUUUGGCAAAGAAAGCAGAACUCGAUAUCAAUUCUAUUACUGUGACUGUUGUGGACAACGUUAGAACCAAAUUGGAAGAAUUGCCAUCAGCUUCUGAACUAAUGAACACAACUACAACUGAAGACAAAAAGAAAAUCAAUUCAUUAGAUUGGCUACUCUUUCAAGAUGUACAAGAAUGGACUGAAGCUAUUAAACAAUCGAAUACAAUGAUGAGAAACUUUUUAUUAUCUCGAAAAGUGGAUGCAAUGAAAGAUACAUUUCUUAAACUUCCCGAAGAUAUCAUCGAUAAUGUGUAUAAUCAAUGCAUUCGCAGAACUGGUAGCAAUCAAUUGAACACCGAUAACGACAACGCUAUUCGAGAAUAUCUUUGUCAUAAGGCUUAUAUUCAAGCAAAUGAUGCCUUUUCUGACUGGCUCUAUUGUCUUCAUAACUCCAAACCUCGUGAACCAUUGAAACCGGUGUCUAAACGGUUUGCCGAUACAGUGGCUUACGAACAGUCAUUAAAACAAUAUGAAUCUGAUUUAAACUACUGGAAGGAAAUGCUUAAAAAACAAGGAAAACUGACGGCAGAAAAGAUAGAACACGUCUUGCAUUUCCCUGACGGCGGAUGGAUGGCUGACCAAAGACACGAUGGCUCUAAAGACGAACUAAGACUUAACCAAAUGGAAGAAUUGAGGAAACAAUAUAUUCCUCAACUUGUUUUCAUUGCUCAUUCCAUUCAUAAGUCAUCAAACAAUUUGUCAGAAUGUCUAAAACUGGCCGAUUUAGUGGCCGACGAACGUAAAGCCAUUUAUAAAAUGUUUUCAAAGGAACUGUUGUCUGAUUUCCUAAAGAAGUUGAGAGAAUCAUCCGUUGAAAUUCUUAACGAAAUAUCCGAUCCGUUGGGAUAUACAACACUCUGAGCUC